AUGAUGGACAAGUUUCAGUACAGAUACACGAGCUUCGGUUUCGUGACGAUCUGCAUCGGAUCGAUCGCGCUUGUUUGUUUGAUCUCCCGAAUUUCAACUUCCUUCUUCGACUAUUCUCUUCAGAAAUUCGAAUUCUCGUUCCCAGAAAGUGAGCUCCGGAGAAGCGUCUACACUUCCGGAGAUGAAAACAGAGUCGUUGAUUCUCGUCACGUCUCUCAACAGAUCCUCGCCGUCAAAUCAAGCAAUUCCAGUUUGCAGAGUAAACCGAAAAAGCUAAGCCGGAGAAAAAUGGUGGAACAAGGACUGGGGAAAGCAAGAGCUUCGAUUCGCAAAGCAGCUUCUAAUCGCAACGUUACAUUGUUCAACAUCGACCUCCCAAACCCAGAAGUCUAUCGUAAUCCAUCAGCUUUGCAUCGGAGUUACUUGGAAAUGGAGAGGAGGUUUAAGGUGUAUGUAUACGAGGAAGGAGAGCGACCGUUAGUUCACGACGGACCGUGCAAGAGCGUGUACGCCGUCGAAGGCAGAUUCAUAAUGGAGAUGGAGAAAGGGAAGACGAAGUUUCGUACUUACGAUCCAAACCAAGCUCACGUCUACUUCUUGCCCUUUAGUGUCACUUGGCUGGUCAAAUACUUGUACGAAGGCAAUGCAGACGCAGGGCCUUUGAGAACGUUUGCUUCUGAUUACAUCAGAUUAGUCUCCACUAAUCAUCCUUUCUGGAAUCGAACCAGUGGAGCUGAUCACUUCAUGCUUGCCUGUCACGACUGGGGACCUCUCACUUCACAAGCCAAUGCUGAUCUCUUCAACAAGUCGAUUCGUGUGAUGUGUAAUGCUAAUUCAUCAGAAAGGUUUAACCCUAUCAAAGACGUGACGCUCCCUGAGAUCAAACUCUUCGGCGGUGAAGUAGACAGCAAGCUCAGGGUAUCUAAAUCUCUAAUGGCUUCACCGAGGCCGUACUUAGGGUUCUUCGCAGGUGGAGUCCACGGACCUAUCCGACCGAUUCUUUUGGAGCAUUGGAAACAGCGUGACCCGGAAAUGCCUGUAUACGAGUACCUUCCUAAAGACUUGAACUACUACGACUUCAUGAGAAGCUCCAAGUUCUGUUUCUGUCCCAGUGGCUAUGAGGUUGCGAGCCCUAGAGUCACCGAAGCUAUGUACGCCGAGUGCAUUCCCGUGAUUAUCUCUGUUAACUUCGUGUUGCCGUUUAGUGAUGUGCUUCGCUGGGAGAGUUUCUCUGUGAUAGUCGACGUUUCGGAGAUUCCGAGGUUGAAGGAGAUUCUGAUGUCGAUCUCCGACGAGAAAUACGAACGGCUUAAACGGAACUUGCGGUACGUGAGGAGGCAUUUCGAGCUCAACGAUCCGCCUCAGAGGUUUGAUGCUUUUCACAUGAUCCUUCACUCCAUUUGGCUACGUAGACUUAACUUGAAGCUUACGUAA